CCCGAGGCUCGGGUCCCGGGAGGGCGCCCGGAGCGGUGGGGAGCGCUCGGGCCUCGGCCGCGCGGCGGGAAGGAGGCCGUCUCUUCGGGUGGCGGGCUCACUCGCGCCUCUCUGCGCGCCCCGCCGGGCUCCGAAGGCAGCGGAGAGGACGACGCCGAGCAGGAGGACGACGCCGACUACUAUGAGAACGUGCCCGGCGGCUCCCAGUCGGCGCCCGAGCCCGAGGGGGCGGAGGCGGAGCGGUGGCCCCCGCCUCCCCCGGCGGCGGGCUCCUCCCCGGGGGCGGAGGGCGGCCGCCUGGAGACAGGCAGGCUGCAGACCCAGUUGCGAGAGGCCUAUUAUCUGCUGAUCCAGGCCAUGCACGACCUGCCCCCUGACUCGGGCGCGCGGCGGGACGACAGGGGUUGGGCGGAUCGCGGCUGCCUUGUGGGAGCCCGGGCUCUGGGCCAGCCGCCUUCCCCCUGCGGCGCUGCGGACCGCCGAGCCUGCCCCCGAGACUGGCAGCGGGGAGGCGGUGGCCGCCCUUGGCAGCAGGUGUCUCCGCCCCGGUCUCCUCCGAGGGAGUCGGGGGGAGGCCGCCUGCGGACUCCUCGGAUGCGGCUGUCCUGCAGCAGAAGCCUCGAGAGCCUCCGGGUGGGUGCCAAGCCUCCUUCUUUCCAGCGGUGGCCGAGCGACAGCUGGAUCAGGUGCAGCGCGCGCGGGGACCUGGACGAGCCCCCGCCACGUGGAGGCGGGAUGGACGGCUGGAGCGGAGGCAGCGCCCCGGCCGCGGCCCCCUCCGGCCUCCGGCCUCCCUGCUCCAAGGACCCCGGCCGCUCCACGGGAAGCCCCUUCAGGGAUCCUGCGGGGUCAGCUGUGGCACGCAGCCGCAAAGGAGAUGGCCAGGAGGGGCUUCCCUUCCUCAAGCCUCCUGCGGUGACAGUCAAGAAGCUGCAGAAGUGGAUGUACAAAGGACGUCUGCUGUCCCUGGGAAUGAAGGGUCGCUCCCGUGGGACAUCCCCCAAAAUCUCUGGAGCGCAGGCGAACCCUCCAAAUCUGGGCGCCUUGAAAAUGCGUGAAAGCCAAGUCCUCUCCGUGCCUCCAGACCAAAGAAUUACGCUAACAGAUUUAUUUGAAAAUGUCUAUGGGUCUUCAGUGAAGAGAAGAGAACUUGAAGAUCUGAAGGAUAAUAUUGGAAUCAGAGGUCAUAAGCCACUUAACAGCAUCACUGUGUCAAAGAAACGCAAUUGGCUAUAUCAGAGUACUCUGAGAUCUUUUAACCUGGAAGAAGAAAAUAAGAAAUGCCAAGACAGAAGUCAUUUAUCCAUCUCACCUAAACAUCAGUUAUCACGACCUUUCCUCAAAUCAUCUGAAGAAUACUGUACAUAUGUGGUGUGUAAUGCUACAAAUUCUUCAUUAUCAAAAAAUUGUUCUUUAGAUUUUAAUGAGGAAAAUGAUGCAGAUGAUGAAGGAGAAAUAUGGUACAACCCCAUUCCUGAGGAUGAUGACUUUGGUAUAUCAAAUGCCUUGAGUUUUGGUGAGGCAGACCCUGCUGUUCUGAAGUUUCCUGCUGUUAGUUUGAGAGUAUUGUCUGGUCCAGACCUAAUGAAAGCAGAACAGUACACUGAAGGCUUGCUGUACUCUUCAGAACACAGAGGCAAGGUUCAUACAUCACAGUCAAAUGAAGUGAAUCCUGUUGAGUCCAUCCACUCCACAGAGCUCGUGCGGCAGUACAAGCAAGGGCUUGGACACAAGACACAAGAAAGAAUAAUGGUAGAGGAGAGUCUCAUGUUGAAAUCUCCUUUUGCAGGUCCUGGGACCCUAGGUGCUACAAAUAAGACUGAAUUGGGAGCUACCGAAUUAUCUUCUCCAAGCCCUAGCCCUGUGAAAAAAAGCAGUUCAAUUAACUGGUCUUUCCCAGAUAAAAUAAAAUCUCCACGAACUGUGAGGAAACUUUCCAUGAAAAUGAAAAGGUUGCCAGAACUUAGCCGAAAACUGAGCGUUAAAGGAACUUUGAAUUACAUGAACAAUCCAGAUAAUACUCCUUCCUUGUCUAAAUGUACCUGUCGAGAAAUUCAUCAUGCCAAUAUUCUACCUUCUGGGAACACAACCACAGCUGCUAAGAGGAAUGUCAUAAGUCGGUACCAUCUGGAUACCAGUGUAUCUUCUCAGCACAGCUACCAGAAGAAAACAUCUGUGAGUUCCAAGUAUUCCUGCAAAGGUGGUUACCUCAGUGAUGGAGAUUCACCUGAACUUAUAACUAAAUCUAACAAACAUGGAUCUGACAACAAAUUUGGAAAGGGAAAAGAAAUAAUUCCAAGUAGUUGCAGCAAGAGUGAAAUAGACAUUGAUGCUUUUAGACAUUAUAGUUUUUCUGAUCAACCUAAGUGUUCUCAGUACAUAUCUGGGCUCAUGAGUGUGCAUUUCUAUGGUGCUGAGGAUUUAAAACCACCUCGGAUAGAUUCAAAAGAUGUCUUUUGUGCAAUUCAGGUAGAUUCAGUAAACAAAGCAAGAACAGCUUUGCUCACAUGUCGGACAACAUUUUUAGACAUGGAUCAUACUUUCAACAUAGAAAUUGAAAAUGCGCAGCAUUUGAAAUUAGUAGUAUUCAGUUGGGAACCGACUCCAAGAAAAAAUCGAGUGUGUUGUCACGGAACUGUUGUUCUCCCCACCUUAUUCAGAGUGACAAAGACACAUCAGUUGGCUGUCAAACUUGAGCCUAGAGGUCUUAUUUAUGUGAAAGUGACUCUUCUGGAACAGUGGGAUAAUUCUCUUCCUGGACUGGCUAUAAAUCGAGAACCAGUAAUAUUUGGUGUUGAUAUUCGAAAAGUUGUAGAGAAAGAAAAUACAGGACUGAUGGUGCCACUUCUGAUACAAAAAUGUAUUAUGGAAAUUGAAAAGAGAGGCUGUCAGGUAGUAGGCCUGUACCGAUUAUGUGGUUCGGCAGCAGUCAAGAAAGAACUUCGAGAGGCUUUUGAGAGAGAUAGCAAAGCUGUUGGUCUGUGUGAAAACCAGUACCCAGAUAUAAAUGUAAUAACAGGUGUUCUUAAGGACUAUCUAAGAGAACUUCCUUCUCCUCUGAUAACAAAGCAACUUUAUGAGGCUGUAAUAGAUGCAAUGGCAAAAAAUCCUUUGAAAAUGUCAUCAAGUGGAUGUGAGAAUGACCCAAGUGACUCUAAGUAUACUGUUGACCUGCUUGAUUGUCUGCCUGAUGUUGAGAGGGCAACCCUAAAGAUGUUGCUGGAUCAUUUGAAAUUGGUGGCUUCUUAUCAUGAAGUGAAUAAGAUGACGUGCCAGAACCUGGCUGUGUGCUUCGGACCGGUGUUAUUAAGUCAGAAGCAAGACACUAACCAUAACAACAGAGUCUUUACUGAUUCAGAAGAACUUGCAAGUGCUUUGGAUUUCAAAAAACAUAUUGAAGUUCUUCAUUAUUUACUUCAACUCUGGCCAGCGCAAUGUUUAACUGUCAAAGAAUCAACAGAUAAUUUGUUCCCAGAGCAGAAGUCUUCUCUAAGUUAUUUGAGGAGGAAGAAAGAACGACCUUGCAUGUUAAAUUUGAGUGGUACUGAUUCAUCAAGAAUACUUAGACCGAGGCAAACCAGAUUAGACAGUCCAGUUAGCAAUCGGUAUGCAGGCGACUGGAGCAGCUGUGGAGAAAACUACUUUUUAAAUACAAAAGAAAAUUUAAAUGACGUAGAUUAUGAUGAUGUCCCUUCAGAAGACAGAGAAAACGGAGAAAAUUGUAGCAAAAUGUAUGGACCAGAUAUAAUGAUUGAACAGCCAGUACCCUUGUCCGAAGAGUACACAUUUCAGACGUAUUUGACAAUGCAGACAAUUGAGUCUACAGUGGACCAAAAAGUCAAUCUCAAAGAUCUACAGGAAAGUAUUGAUACUUUGAUUGGAAAUCUGGAGCGUGAACUCAACAAAAACAAGCUUAAUAUGAGUGUUUGA